UAAAAAUUUCUGCUGAACGUAUUAUCGUCUGAUUUUCACUUUUAAUUAGAGUUAUAUAAUGGAUUGUAUCAAUAAUGGCAAUUACUGGGGUUUUGAGCCACCAAUUGUUUCGAAUAGUGCUGCUCGGGAUAAAAUGUUAAACAUGAUAAACUGGAACGUUGUUACCUUGUCAUCAUCGGAUAUUGGAGUUGACAUUUGUCCAGUUUGCAAAAUUGGUCUUAAUGAGAAGUGCAUGUACUGCGUCGUCAAUGCUGACAAUGUUGCUAAAGAUAAAUGUAAGUGCACUACAGAUGUACGCGGUCAGAGUUACCAUGAGCAUUGCUUGAAUGGUUAG